AUGAAUGUGGACUGCAUCUUUGCUUCACCUUCACAUUUUAUUGAGAAAGCAGAAGUAUUAUAAGCCUGUGUGGCAACUCUGUAAUUAAUUUGGCUGCAUUAUGAAGUAAUAGUAAUUACUGCAAAGUAAAACCAGAUCUUGAUAUUUCUGUAGAUAUCUGGGUGUGUAUAGAAAUGCUUUCCAAGCUAUGUAAAACUAGAGGCGGCUGUGAGUCAACUCAAACACAUGCAUCAUGUUUAUCCAGCCUCUAACAACCAUUCCUUAUUGCUCCAAUCAGCACUAGCCAGUCUCAGUGGACUUUAUAAAUACACAUAAAUACAGUAUAAAGAGCUGUGGAAAAGCCUCUCUUCUGCUUCACUGCAGAGUGCUCAGAGUUUAAAGCUUUUCUGGAGACCUCAUAAUUUAGGGUUUUUUUUCCCUUCCUUGUCUUCCACCACACUGCACAACAGGUAAAAGAGAAAUUACCUUUGUUUUAUUCAAAUAUUGCUACUGAUGAUUUUGGCACUUGAACUGAUUAGCCCAUAAAAAGAUGUCUGCCAUAAUUUUUUUUCUUUUUCUACAGGGUAAAAAUGCUAGCUGAGCAUUUGAAGACAGUAGUGAAUAUGCAAGCUUUGAAGGCAAUGCCAUGAAAGAAGAAUCUGUCAAAAAUAGAGACAAAAAUAAAGGCAUAAGGCUGCCUUAUUUUCUUUAGACAUUUUUAUAAUCUGUUCAGAAGAUCUUUUCACAUAAAUUCCAGUCAUCCUUUUGUCUGUUCAGGCAGGCAGUUGUUUUUGAUUGCAGAUUUGCCUGGCUGUUUGCAGCUUCAUCUAAAACAAAGAGUUCUACAAGGCACCAAAGAAGGAUGAUCCUUGGGAACCUCAGUGGACUGAGUGAAUUCAGACUCCUGGGUUUUUCUGGAAUGUCUCAUUUGCACCCUUUGCUCUUUGUAGUUUUAUUGUCUCUUUAUAUUCUCACCUUGAUGGCUAACACAGUGAUAGCUUUCACAAUAAACACUGACAACACCCUUCACACCCCGAUGUAUUUCUUCCUCACUCAGCUGUCCUGUUUGGAUAUCUGCUAUUUAUCAGUCAUUAUCCCAACCAUUCUGGAGAACCUGAUGGUGGGAACAGUAAGUAUUUCCAGGACAAGAUGUGCAAUGCAAAUGUUUUCCUUCCUUUUCUUCGGGGUUGCUGAAUGUUUUCUCUUGGCUGCCAUGUCCCUCGAUCGUUAUUUUGCAGUUUGCCACCCCUUGCAUUACACAGUUAUCAUGAGCAGCAGGGUCUGCAGGAGCCUGGUUGCUGGGAGUUACAUUUGUGGGGCUGCUGUGGGCUUAAUUCACACCCUCAUAACCUUCAGCUCACCCUUGUGUGGCUCUACCAUCGACCACUUCUUCUGUGAGAUUCAGCCCCUGCUGGACCUGCUCUGUGGCAACACCUUCCCAAGAGAGCUCCAGGUCAUUGUGGUGGCUGUCUUUGCUAUUCUCAGCCCUUUCUUACUGAUCCUUUAUUCUUAUAUUCAUAUAAUUUCCACAAUUCUUCACAUGGCAUCAGCUGAGAGCCAGCAGAAAGCAUUUUCCACUUGCUCCUCACACCUCUUGCUUGUGACUCUGUUUUAUGGCACUGCAGGCUCUGUGUAUCUGAGGCCAAAAUCCACCUACUGUGCAUCUGUGGAUAAAUUCCUCUCACUUUCUUAUUCUGUGCUGACUCCUUUAUUGAAUCCCAUCAUUUACAGCUUGAGGAAUAAGGAGGUGAAAGAAGCCCUGAAGAAAAAAUGGAGAAAAACUAAUUUACUGUGGAAAAGAAAUGGAAGAUUUGGGGUGUUUCAGGUGUUUGUACUGGUAUUUUUCACUCUAAAUUCUUGUUCAGUGAAAUGAAUUUCCACAUACACUUCAGCUUUUGGGGAGGAAAGAGGGAGAAGAGUGGAGAUUUUCAGCUGUAAGAGGGAGUGUUAGAAGCUAUGUUAACAUUUUGGAAGGGAACUUCUUCCACAUACUUAAGAAAUUCUUGACUAAAUAAACCUUUUCUUUUUUCUUUUUCUUCUUCUUUUUCUUUUUUCUUUUUCUUUUUCU